AUGUCUGUGGAGGCAGAAGAUGCGAAAAAGCUAAACACCCCUCAUUCGUCAAUAAUUCUACACCUUUCGGGUACCGGUACUGUAUCGUCAGCCUCGUCAGGCCUGAGGCUACCGUAUAGUAUGGAACAGAGCGGCUCUGUUGAUGACAGAGCCUCUUGUGACUUGACACCAGAAGCCCAGCCGCAACGACGGCUUAAAAGAAUACAGCGUGCCUGUGACAAGUGCAGCACUUUGAGAACAAGAUGUGAUGGACACACGCCGUGCACCUACUCCCCCAUCGGCUUGCACGCACCAACUGACUUGUUGGUGGCUUUAGAGUACCAUCUUGUAUGUGCUUACACAAGAGUUCGCCGUAGACGAGGAAGAACAGCCAAUGUUGCUAAAACGACUUCACUCGAAGCAGUUACACAGGAUCACCCGUCUCAAAAUCAGGAUACAGACCAAAGCCUCAAUGAGCCUGACUACCGCGAGGCCGAGAAUGUACCAAGCACCAACGGUAAAAUAGAUGCUGUGAAUCAGCCAACAACUACAGCUUCGCCGGAUUCCUCCCAACAAUUCCAACACGACACCUCCUUUGAUCAAUCCGAGGCGCAAGAAGUGUACCAAGUAAGGCCGAAUGAGAUAGGCACGUAUUCCAACGGACAAUAUGGCGAGGUUUCUCCACACGAUGUCUUGAGUACACACCAGCUUCCAGCCGUCACAGGCGGUACUGGCGGACUGGAUCUGGAUCCAUCAUAUCAGGAAUGGCCAAGCGAUGACAACUUGCGGGUUUUCACCAGAGUGGUCGGUGCCCCCCAAACCCCAGCUCUCAACCAACCACCCCUUCAACAACAGCCCGUCGUGAACACUUUGUCGAACCUAGCCAUGAGCGAUUUACAAGCGCGAGCAUCGUACCAACCUCCCCUCUCACCACUUGUUGGGCUGAAUGGCCCAGAUACCACGUCGCACGCUCGUACACCGCGCUCGCCAUCUACAAGACUGUCCACGAGCGGGUUCACUCCACAAGAUGAUAACCUGCAAGCUUACCGAACCGAUACAGGCUGCAGAUACCCAGUGCUGCUGUCUUUGAGUCCAUACGUUCGUUCUUUUAUUCCGACCAAGGAACUUUGUAAUCUCCUUGAUAUAUACUUCACAGAACCCUCCAACUCUCUUUUCGAGUGCUCUUCACCUUAUGUACUUACACAAAUCAUCCGGAAGAAAUCGCUUCUUCGAAAGGAUAGGCCGCGGAAGACCUCGCCAGCACUUUUGGCUGCAAUAGUUUGGGUUACAGCACAAACGUCUGAUGCACAGUUUUUCAAGACUUCUGCCAGGGUGAGAGCGAGUAUCUGUGAUCGGCUUUUGAGGGUUUGCUUCGAAUUAUUAGACGGGAAAGACCUUGAAGAACGCCCGUGGUCGUCAUCGGCUCAUGCAUGUAGUAGCCGCGAUAGGAGUCAGCACUCUGAAAGGAAAGGCUCUGAUAACACACCUGAUGAACGGGUAGAAACUGUAGAUGACGUACUUACUCUGACUCUUAUUGGAACUGUGGUAUCAGGUGGACAUAUCAAAAGAGAAAGCACGAAGUGGUGGGCCAGUGCUUGGUCAUUGGCCAAAAAGCUCGAAUUGAACAGAGAAGUUGAUGAUGUUAAGUUGCAUGGCAAAGACGGCCCGCAAGAAGCGUUUGAAGGAGAACAAUCCAAUUCCCUACAGAAAGUUCUUGAGUUGGAAGAGGCUAAAGAAGAAAGGCGCAGAACGUGGUGGUUGCUCUAUAUCACCGACCGGCACCUUUCGCUCGCCUUUAACGCCAGACUCAGCAUUCUUGAUGCCGAGUGCCAUAUAUACCAACCACUGGACGAAAGGACCUGGCAGGACCUCGACUUGAAGCUUCCGCACGAGGUCCUGCAUCGUUCUUUUAGUCCUUCGACAACUAUUACGGGCGUUGGAUUCUUCGAGUAUUUCCUUCCGUUGAUGAGCAUCCUUGGAGACGUCGUGGAAGUUCAUCACCUCACCUGCCAUCCACGCUUUGGUCUACUGGACCUCGGGCCGGCAAUUGCGCAAGUUGAAAGUUCGCUUAAUACUUAUGAAGCAUCUCUCAGAUCAUUUGAAGAGUCAUCAAUGUUCCAUGUGGAGCAUUUUCGGUCUUCCCAUGCGACUUUUGGCCAGGUGGGCGAUAGCCAAGACUGGUCCGUCGAGCGUACACGGCAGAAACUUGUUAUUGCGUACAGCAAGCAUUUGGUUCAUGUUUUGCACAUUCUCCUACAUGGCUGUUGGGAUCCAAUGACUAUGCUAGAUGAUGGUAUGGAACAAUGGGUCACACCUGACAGUUUCUUCAAGUGCGCCACUCAUGCAAUAUCUGCUGCAACGGCUGUGUCGGAGAUCAUGUGCUUAGAUCCCGAGCUGAGCUUUAUGCCAUAUCUAUUUGGCAUAUACCUGCUACAUGGGAGCUUUAUUUUGCUUAUCUUUGCGGAUAGGAUGGAUAUGUCAACAAGUGACGCUGUCAUUGAGGCCUGUGAAACUAUCAUUAGGGCUCAUGAAAUUUGCAUUACAACGCUAAAUACGGAAUACCAAAGGAAUUUCCGAAAAGUUCUUCGAUCAGCGCUAAACAAUGUCCGCGGUACGACGACUGUGGAUCAUGAGCAGCAUAAAAGUCGACGUCGCGAGCUACUAUCAAUGUUCCAAUGGACAAAAGAUGGGAAGGGUUUAUUAGCUUGA